GUGCGUCCUGUUUCCACCUGGCGCAACAAAAAAAAAACAACUCUCUCUUUCUCGUCUCCCUCUGUAUUUCACAUUUGUCAUCUCUCUCUCUCUCUCUCCCCUCUCUCCCUGAAAAUUUUUUAGCUCUUUGUUUCUAACUUUCUCUCUCUCUCUCUCUCACAUAUGUUCCAUUUCUAGGGUUUUGAAAACCCCCAUUCCGUACAAAUAGGGUUUUUUUCACAGAAAUCGAAUUUUCCGUACAGCCAUGGCUGAUUGGCAACAACUCGUCCAAUCCGUAGUCCUUGGUCUCAUUUUCUCCUACCUUCUGGCCAAGCUCAUCUCCAUAGUCAUCUCUUUCAAAGAAGACAACCUCUCGAUCUCUCGCUCCGCCGAGCCCAAGAAACCCGAACCCGAACCCGAACCCGAAACCGAAACCCUCGACCACGACCACGACCACGACGGCAGUGCUUUUAGCCCCCCGGCCCACGAUUCCCACGAUUCUUACUCCAUGGUUGCCGAGCAAGGCAGCGUCGGAAACGACAGCGUUUACGGCGACGAUGGUGGUGACGAUGACGAUGACGAUGAUGAUGAUGAUGACGAGGAUGAUUAUGAUGAUUGGGAGGGAGUGGAGAGUACGGAAUUGGACGAGACUUUCAGUGCCGCCACGGCGUUCGUGGCGGCGGCGGCGGCCGAUCGGGUGUCGGAGAAGGUGUCGAACGAGUUGCAGUUGAAGCUUUAUGGGUUUUACAAGAUUGCCACUGAAGGUCCCUGCAGUACGCCUCAGCCUUCCGCUUUGAAAAUGACGGCCCGAGCUAAAUGGCAAGCAUGGCAGAAAUUGGGUGCUAUGCCUGCAGAAGAAGCUAUGCAGAAGUACAUUGAUAUUGUUACAGAUUUGUAUCCUACUUGGGCAGAUGGUUCAACUUUGAAGAGCAAAGGUAGAGGAGGUGAUGCAUCAAAUACAGAUGCUAAAGGACCAAUGGGACCAGUUUUCAGCACUUUUGUUUAUGAGGAGGAAUCCGGAAAUGAGUUGAAAAUGGAUGCUAUUCAUGCCUUUGCUAGGGAAGGAGAAGUGGAUAAUUUGCUUAAGUGUAUUGAAGGUGGUGUCUCAGUAAAUCUGAAAGAUAGUGAGGGUCGUACCCCAUUGCAUUGGGCUGUAGAUCGUGGACACCUUAACAUCACCGAAUUGCUUCUUAGCAGGAAUGCUGAUGUAAAUGCAAAGGACAAUGAUGGCCAAACCCCUUUGCAUUAUGCUGUUGUGUGCGAGAGAGAAGCCAUUGCCGAAUGUCUUGUGAAGCAAAAUGCAGGUACAGAUUUAAAGGACAAUGAUGGUGAUUCCCCUUCUGAUCUCUGUAAGGCAAACUGGCCUUGGAUGCAAAGUGUGGGGAAGCAGAUUGACUGAUGGUUUAUUAGUCUUAGGAAUCUUGCUGAAGUCAUUUUUGGCAAAUUCUUAGUUGAUGUAUAUGUUUAUGUAUUAACCCUUUAAAGUUUUUACCUCAUCCAAAUAUAUUUAGUGAUUAAGGUUUUUUCUACCCAAUUUUUUGUUUCUUACUAAUAUUGAACUAAAGCAAUUGUGAAGAAUGAAUUCAAGGGGUAAAACAGCAUGCAUAUGGAAUAGUGAAAUUGAUUUAUGGUCUGAUUAA